AUGAGUCGCAACUUGAGAGCUGGCGUCAUUUCUCUGCACCGCUGCAGCGUGUUCGGCCAUUCGCGUUCGGAGCUGUCUUCCGGUUUCUCCGACGCAGUUGCUUUGUCCGCAACUGCACCAGAUCCGAUAAACGACUCCAGGCGUUUCUUGCCGUGGCAGUGGGUCUUUUGGUUUCAUCAACUGACGCCUGAUGGUUGCCUCCGGCCUGUGUGCCACUCCAACCCCAAGUGGUGCGAGAAGGCGGCAAACAGCUUCCGAAACGUCCUUGACAUAUGGAAGCGCUCGCCAAACUUUGGUGUCCGUGCGGUUAGGCCUUUCGUCCAUUUUGUGUAUGCACCGGUUGACGAAGUUGCGCGGGUAACCAUUGGCUUUGAAGACCCGUCGGGGGUACUGUAGUUCGGCAAUCUUGUCUUCCGGCUCACUGCAGUGCGUUUCGACACGCCGAUAGAGCGUCCUUACACAACUGCGUUUGUGACUGAUUGGGUGGUUGCUGUUGAAGUUCAGUACUUGCAUCGUAUUUGUCGCUUUCCUGAACACUUUGGUCCUUAGUCCACCACAAUCCUUGCGGCAUACGAGGACAUCCAGGAAGGUCAGCUGGUUGUUCUCUUCCUCCUCCAUCGUAAAUUGUAUGUCCGGGAAGACCACAUUCAGACGUUCCUUGAAUGUCAGCAGUUGAUCCCGGUCAAUAACGACGAAGGUAUCAUCCACAUACUGGUACCAUCCACAUCUACCCCGGUAUGUGGAUGAUACCUUCGUCGUUAUUGACCGGGAUCAACUGCUGACAUUCAAGGAACGUCUGAAUGUGCUCUUCCCGGACAUACAAUUUACGAUGGAGGAGGAAGAGAACAACCAGCUGACCUUCCUGGAUGUCCUCCUAUGCCGCAAGGAUUGUGGUGGACUAAGGACCAAAGUGUUCAGGAAAGCGACAAAUACGAUGCAAGUACUGAACUUCAAUAGCAACCACCCAAUCAGACCUACUGAAUCGAACCGCAGAAAAUCCAAAGUUAUUCUAUGGUAACAUAAGAAGAAGCACACGAAACAUAUACCCAAUCCCGUUAUUGAAAAGUAGUGACGACCUAGAACUCAGUGAAGACGGAGAAAAGGCAGAGCACCUUUCACAAUUUUUUAAGUCCGUCUUUACGAAGGAAAGCGCAUUUCUCCCUCCCGACUGCGACAUAGUGGACGGGCCAACGACGGAGCAUGUCUCUUUCGCUGAAGCUAUUGUUCGCAAAGAACUGUUGAAACUGAAUGCGUCUAAAUCACCUGGGCCGGAUGACAUACCGUCCAAAUUGUUGAACGAGCUUGCUGGAGAACUAUCUAAACCGCUGUCCAUGCUCUUCCAAGCUUCGUUCGAAGCAGGCUAUUUGUCCGCCGACUGGAAAUAAGCGCGGAUCACGCAAAUUUAUAAAGGCGGUAGCAAGGUCUUGGCAAACAACUGCAAACCAAUCAGCUUUACUUCAAUUUGCUGAAAAAGUAUGGAAAAAAAUAAUUAAGCGAGAAAUAAUGCACUUCCUAGAAGAGCAUAAUCUGCUAUGCGAUGUCCAGCACGGAUUUCAUCCAGGCAGAUUAUACGUGACAAAUCUACUUUAUUGUUUAGAUCGAUGAACCCGGGCAGUGGAUGGCGGCAAUGCAGUGCACGCAGUCUACGUCGACUUUAAGAAAGCAUUCGACGGUGUAUCACAUCAGCGUCUCCUGUACAAAUUAAGCCAAACAGACAUAAGGGGUGAUCUCCUAAAGGUGGAUACAAAGUUUCUUCAUCGGUCGCUCUCGAAUCGUCCACGUCGGUGACAGGCAGUCGGCUGAGGUAGCGGUUGAAAGCGGUGUUCCACAAGGCUCCGUUCUUGGCCCUACCCUAUUCAUUAUAUACGUCAGUCCUUUAUCUUGUCAAGAGCGACCACAACGAACCACCGAAGUCAUCCACUUAAACUACGCGUAACUGGCGCCAAGCUGGACAUUCGAAAUUUCUUCUUUUCAGACAGAGAGAUCGAGGCCUGGAAUGCUCUGCCUACAGAUGUCGUCAUGUCCACCUCCGUCGAGGCUUUUAAGCGCAAGUUGGACCAUUGUACCACCAAACGUAUAACGCCAUCUGGCCGACAACGUCUAGCAUUUCGUUCGAACAGCUUGUUAAUGUUGUCAUUUUACUGCCUGUAUUUCAGUAACGUUUGUUUUUUAUUACUGCUCAUGUCUGUUGACUGAGUGUUGGUAUUUAAUUCGUCUCCCUUAGAUACUGAGAUGGCACCAGCUAUGCAUAGACAGACUACUUCACAGCACAUUUAGUAGCGUUAAUGUUUUUAACUCUUGGAACCAUUCGUUUAUCUGUCUGGCUUCGAAAACUUAGCCAAUCUGAAGAAACUCUGUGGCUGUUUGGUGUUUCCAUUUUCAAAUUUUUGAUAUAGUUCGCUUCCUUGUAACAAAUAUGAAGUUCAAAGGUUCAACACCUAUAUCUCCCUCAAAUAAACUGUACUGAGUUGAAGGCUUUAAACAUUAUAGACCUAACUCGGCAGCGUGCGUUGUUUUACUUGCUUGACUGAUCACAGACCGUGCCUGAAAAGGUCUGUUCUGAAGGAUUUCCUCAAAUUUUACGCGUUAAUUACAUCGGGAAUGAAACAGGGCAAAAUGAAUGCAUAUCAAUCAAUCUGGGUGCUUACAACUGUUCAAACAGAAAAUAUUGGUCAUUUGGAUUUGCAUAAGAGUCUAUCCUCAUGCAAGUGGUAAACGUGCUAGUGAUUUGCAAUGUAGGAAGAAAGAUGGCCAGUCAGAAGUUGGAAAAGUGCAUGCUUGGAUGCGGAGACUGGCAUGACACUUUCCAACUUUCUGUCGUUCAUCAGUCAGCCCAUGAUUUAAACCCUGGUUUGGAAAACGUGGUACUCUAGCCAGGGUUCUCUGGCCACAGGAUGUUAAGGCCAGAGCGUUCUGCCGUUAAACUGCGGCUUCGCCCUUCUGCUACUAACAGGACAAAAGACUCAUGACUGAUUCAGUGGCCACAACCAAAUCCCAGGCCAUCAAAACCCGAGUUCGAUCAUGACCGACUGACGAUGGUAAGUGCACAGUAGGUGACCAUCCCAGUCGUCCUUGUUUUCUUCUUUAUUUAUUUUGCAUUAUUUUGCAAUAUAACUUGAUUUUUGACAGCACCCCUGUCACUUUCGCCGUUUUACCUUGUCGUAAUGUAUUUGGAGACUGAUAUGGCCACAUCUGACUUCUUGGUCGCCGUCGGCCAGCCUUAACUACUCCCUGAAUUGGGGGCGCUUGGAGCUUGACCACUGAGCUACAAUUGCGUUGUCUUCGCGUUUGUGAAGAGGUAUACUGACGAUGGUAGAGGGGCGUACAACUGCCGUAUGACGAGUCAUUGUGCUUUGGGGUUGGGCCUAGUGUCUACAGGCGUUUGCAACCGACAGAACAACGAGACCCUGACUCAAUUGUUAGAGUGAUGAUCUUACUAACGCUCAAUGAUCAAAAUAACCCCCGGUUCAAGCCUCAGGUACCUCCAAACGAUCCCACUGUCUGCAUCCAUACAGAAAUCCCGCAUAAGAUUAGCAGACAAGGGAAUGUUUCUCAACCGUCGGAAAUGCGAACUCCGACGAAAAUCAUAGAGGGGGCAAGCGAGAGCGCAGUGAUGAAAUCCCCAGGAAACCCACCAUCGGCACCCAACUCUGGCCCGUCUACGCUCCGUCACCGCAUGUUCAAGUCUCAGGCUGGCCUGGUGGGGGUCCUUCGGUAAAAAAACGAGAUAUCCACCAGACACCAGUAUCCGAGAAGCUACAGUGAAAAAUUCUUCUGAUAAUGAUGACAUCAAACUAGCCACUGGCGUGCGACUCUGUACAGUGAUCAGCAUGUCGGCGUAGAGACCUUUUAGAAACACUGGCCGCUCAGACAGCAGUGGCCCUUGUUCAUUCCGCACCAAAAACCCUACCAGCGCCCGGUGAUGACGAUGAUUAUCCCCGUCUACAAGGACAGAUGAAUUAGCAAACCUCAGGCGUUAUUGAUAAAAGACGAUGCAAACCGUGAAAGGUUUGAGUGCAACCUCCUAAGGACAGUAGCAGAACAGUGCAUGGCGCAUCAAAAACGAAAGGCUGCUGCCUUGUCUCCGACAAAACACAUAGCUCAUGACAGUUUGGCCCAAGUGAAAGGUAACCCCUAAACCCAAGCGAAAGUAUGACUCAUGGGAGCAGGGAGAAUUUUUAAACUUUUCCCACUUACUCCAGAACCUUUGAAACAAGCAUAGAUAGCCGAAGUUAUUGGAACCAUGAAAUUUCGCGACAACUUAUCAACUAUGGCCUGUCAGGUCAGAUCGGAUUUAUUAAGGGAAAGGUAGGUGAGAGCAUAUAAAUUCCCUUUUGGUUACAAUAACGUCAUAAAAAAACAAUGUGUAAGGCAAGUGUGAAAAAAUUAGGUAAGUAAUUACAUAAAACAAGCAUUGGUUACAGGUAUAAAUUUGUCUGGGAAUGCCUUAUGUGUCAAAAUUGUACAAUAACCAGUACGCGGCACUGAAUGGACCAAGAAAUAUCGAAGCAGUCGUAUGUGCUUCGAUCAGGAGAUAAAGAAAAGUCAAAAAGUAAUGCUACUUAAAUAUACUUAUAAAUAGCUGUAGCGUAAAACUUUGGGGGACGGGCGGUACAGGGGGAAAUUCGCUAGUUUCAGAUGCCGUGGAGAUACAUAUCCUUGUACUGGUCAAGCUACCUCUCAAAUGUGCCCACGGAUGAGGACAUGACGACGUCCACAGGCAGGGCAUUCAAUGCCUUCAACACUCUGUGGCUGAAGAAGGACCUUGCGCCCAGUCUCACUCCUGUCACACGUAAUUUCAGAGGAUGUCCUUUCAAGUUAGUAAUGAUGGCCAGCUCAAAGAAGUCAUCAGAUCUGAGGCAGCAAUCCUGACGCCGUGGCAUUCGUUGCAUAAUAUAGAUACCAAAUGAGAAGGAUUCAGAGAUUAAAACUUAAUUAGAGAAAAUCAACAUAAAACAGCAAGACCAAAGUAUACUGCAUGCAGACUAAUCGGUAAAAUUGUAACUCUAAAACGCAACAUAGGAAAGAAAACGGGGAAGUUAACACGCCGAGGGAUUGUGCAAAUCAAUGCAGUGAAUGACUCCGCUUGGUUAAUUAUUAAACGGGGUGUAGGAGUGUCAGCGGUGGGUUCACGUGAUGGUCGUAGUGGUCGCUCACUUGCUUGCAGGUGAGACUACGCUUAGCGUCCAUUUGCUGGCACCCAACUCUCACCUGUGGCUCCACGUAGCUGGACUCUGCUCAGCAGCCACACCCCGGGCAACCGUCUCGACCGGCGGGCUAAACCAGGUGAGGGGGCCCUGUGCGCUGUGCCGUGUGCACAGGGUUUGCGGAUUCCGCUGGAUGGAAGGUCGGAUGGAACCUUGCGUCGGCACCGUCGUGACGUGGUUCGUCUCUGCACGCCGCUGGACAGCCGGUGACGGGAUGGAUCUCCAUAUCGACGUCGCCUAGACGCGCCCACCUAUGCCGUAGGAGACCGCGGCUUACGGCUAAUUCGAGUCGCUCUCCACUACAACCCGAAGUCGUGGCCCCAUAGUGGAGUUCGGCCGUGCCACAACGGCACAUGGGCAGCCCUAUUCAGGGAUGGCACUGCCAGCCCCCACGAGGGGAAGGGCCUAGAAAAGGUGGCCUAAACAUUGCUGGGUACCACGCCGUCUUCAGGCUAGCCAGGGCCGCAGACGUCUAAACAUGUUCGAAACAAUCAAAAUCAAAACAACAACAACAAUACCUAUAACAACAACAACAACAAUACUCGCUCACCUUCUCUUCCUCUGCCUAUUCUUCUGCCUACUCUUCUCCUUCGCCAUCUUCUUCUCCACCUCCUUCCCGUCGCCCAACUCGUUGUGACCAGACUGGCAGGGUGAGUCCGCUCACUCUGGCAGCCUGGAAUGUUCGUUCCCUUUUAGACAGUCCGAGGAGCUACCGACCGGAACGAAGGACGGAGCUAGUGGCACGGGAACUGGCGCGCUACAAGGUGGACAUCGCCGCACUCAGCGAGACCCGAUUCUCCGAACAAGGCCAACUGGAGGAGGUGGGUGCCGGCUACACCUUCUUCUGGAGCGGUCGACCCAGGGCAGAGCGACGGGACGCGGGUGUCGCCUUCGCCAUUCGGAACGACAUCGUGGGACGACUGCCCUGUUUGCCGCAGGGCAUCAACGAUCGCCUGAUGAGCCUCCGCCUGCCUCUCUGGGGAGGCAAAUUCGCCACCAUCAUCAGCGCCUACGCUCCGACGAUGACCAACCCCGACGCCAUCAGAGACAAAUUCUACGAGGCCCUGCACGCCCUCUUGGCAACUGUGCCGAAGGCGGGCAUGUUGAUUGUCUUUGGUGACUUUAAUGCCCGCGUCGGCAGAGAGAAAUGCUGGGUUCCCACGGUCUCCGCGGCUCAAACGACAAUGGUCUGCUGCUUCUUCGCACCUGCGCAGAACACCGCCUUAUCCUGACGAACACAUUCUUCUGUCUGCCGGAGCGAGAGAAGGCCACCUGGAGGCAUCCUCGGUCCCGCCAGUGGCACCUGCUGGACUAUGUCCUCGUCCGGAGACGAGAUCAGAGGGACGUGCUGGUGACAAAGGCGAUCGCGGGCGCUGACGGGUGGACCGAUCAUCGCCUCGUCAUCUCGAAGAUGCGUAUUCGCCUACAGCCUCGCAGGAGACCACAAGGUAAGCGACCCCCAGGUAAGCUGAAUGUUGCCUUGUUGUCUUUGCCCGCUCACCAUCUUCAUUUCAGCAAUGACCUAGCUCAACGGCUAGACAACCUUCCUAUCGCUGCCGACGCCGCCGCUGCCGAGAACGCCUCCGUGGAGAACCGCUGGUGUCAACUGCGAGACACGGUCCAGUCGACGGCGCUCGCCGUCCUCGGUCGCGCUCCCCGCCAACACCAGGACUGGUUCGACGACAACGACGCCGCCAUCAGAAAUCUGCUAGCUGAGAAGAACCGCCUACACAAAGCCUACGUAGAUCACCCCACUGAUGCCACCAAAGCUGCCUUCUACCGCAGUCGCCGCCAACUUCAGCAACGACUGCGCGAGAUGCAGGACGCCUGGACUGCUCGCAAAGCUGAGGAGAUCCAAGGGUACGCGGACCGCAACGAAUGGAAGAACUUCUUCUCUGCGAUCAAAGCUGUCUACGGUCCGCCGACGAAGGGCACCGCUCCUCUCCUCAGCGCCGACGGCAACACUCUCCUGACUGAGAAGACGCAAAUCCUGCAGCGAUGGGCCGAGCAUUUUCGAGGCGUCCUCAACCGCAGCUCCGCCAUCUCCGACGUCGCCAUCGAGCGUUUGCCGCAAGUGGAGACCAACGUGGACCUCGACCUCCCGCCAUCUCUCCAGGAAACCAUCAGGGCCGUGCAGCAGCUCUCCAGCGGGAAAGCACCCGGAUCGGACACAAUGCCUGCUGAGAUCUAUAAGAACGGAUGUCCCCAACUGAUGGAUCACCUGACUGCGCUCUUCCAAGAGAUGUGGCGUCCAGGCGAAGUCCCGCAAGAUCUCAAAGACGCAACCAUCGUGCAUCUCUACAAGCGCAAAGGGAAUCGCCAAGUCUGCGACAAUCACCGCGGCAUCUCCCUGCUGAACAUCGCCGGGAAGAUCUUCGCUCGCAUCCUCCUCAAUCGUCUGAAUAAUCAUCUGGAAGAGGGCCUUCUGCCGGAAAGCCAAUGCGGCUUCCGUCGUCAUUGUCGGACCACGGAUAUGAUCUUCGCCGCCCGUCAACUUCAGGAGAAGUGCCAGGAGAUGCGGACCCACCUGUACUCUACCUUCGUGGACCUGACGAAAGCCUUCGACACGGUGAAUCGUGAAGGACUGUGGAAGAUCAUGCAGAAAUUCGGCUGUCCGGAGCGAUUCACUCAGAUGGUGCGUCAGCUGCACGAUGGUAUGAUGGCGCGAGUCACGGACAACGGAGUUGUCUCAGAGGCAUUCGCAGUGACCAAAGGAGUGAAACAGGGCUGCGUACUGGCGCCUACCCUCUUCAGUCUUAUGUUCUCUGCCAUGCUGAUGGACGCCUACCGCGACGAACGCCCAGGGAUCCGCAUCGCCUACAGGACGGACGGUCACCUCCUGAAUCAACGGCGGAUGCACUUCCAAUCGCGCGUAUAUACAACCACCGUUCACGAACUCCUCUUUGCCGACGACUGUGCCCUUAACACCACCUCGGAAGAGGAGAUGCAACAGAGCAUAUACCUGUUCUCCGCCGCCUGCGAGAACUUCGGUCUGGUCAUUAACACGCAGAAGACGGUGGUGAUGCACCAACCGCCACCCAACACAGCCACAGCCUCCAACGCGCCGCCGCAAAUCAGCGUGAACGGAACCCAACUGCAAGUGGUGGAGAACUUCCCGUACCUGGGCAGUACUUUCUCCCGCAACACCAAGAUCAACGACGAAGUCGCCAACAAAAUCUCGAAAGCCAGUCAAGCCUUCGGUCGCCUCCAAAGCACAGUUUGGAAUCGCCACGGUCUUCAGCUGAGCACGAAGCUGAAGAUGUACAAGGCCGUCAUCCUGCCGACGCUACUGUAUGGAGCGGAGACUUGGACGGUGUACGCAAAGCAGGCACGUCGUCUGAACCACUCCCACCUCAGUUGUCUUCGUCGCAUCCUGAGGCUGAACUGGCAGGACUGA